AUGGCACCGAUUAUUGGGCUGGCUAUUUCUCUGGUGCUGUUGGUGCUCCAGACGGCGAGUUUGAGGUACAUUGGUCUUUUAUGGCCGGUUGAAGUGCCCGUCUUCGAGUAUCCGUCCGAGCUCCACCAGGACACAGUAAACGGCCUGAUAGAGCGCAUCAACGAGACCCGAAUAACGGCGCAGUUGCGGCAUCUGGCGGGGGCGUUCCCCCAUCGCGAGUUCAAUUCAGACACAGGCGAGUCGUUCGCCGUGGAAAUUGAGUCGCUGCUCAGAGAUACCGGAGUUUCCGUGGAUAUUCACCACCACGGAUGGAGACAGCCGUCGCUCAUCGCCAAGAUCCCCGGGACGCAGCACAGCAAAGUCGUGGUCGGGUGUCAUCUGGAUUCGGUGAAUUUGGUGCCGUUUCUGUCGUCUCCGGGCGUCGACGACGAUCUCUCAGGAAUAGUCACGUUGCUGGAGGCAAUACGAAUAUUGCAGCAAAAGCCACCGGAAAUUCGCCAGUCGCUGGAAUUUCACUUCUACGCGGCAGAGGAGCCCGGGCUGCGCGGGUCGCUGGACAUCCUCGCCAACUACACAGACAUCGUUGCGUUUCUGCAGCAGGACAUGACGGGUUUUUCCGCCGGUGCACCGCCGCAUUUUGGGGUGGUGGAAGAUUACGCAGCCGAAUCGCUGACCAAAUACGUCAAGCGACUAAUUGGCACGUAUUGCACGAUCCCGUACAGAAGCACGCGGUGCGGCCAAAUAUGCUCUGACCACUCGGCGGCGCUCAUCAACGGGUUCCCGGCGGUGUACAUUCUGGAGUCAGAGCUCGCGGCGUCGAACCCGUACAUUCACACCGAGCACGACACCCUGGAGCACAUCGACGUGGGCCAUGUGGCGCAGCACGUGCGGCUGGUGCUUGCGUUUGCCCUGGAGACCGCACUCAUGGAGACGGUGGAGCCCCACGGCGCGCAGGCGGUCCGUUUCAAAUGGACCGACAUCGUCGUCUUAUCGGCCACGUCAGAUACGCUGCGAUUUGUCAUGGCGUGCAUUAUCCUGUCAUGUGCAGUUGCCAAUUUAGUACUUGUGCUUAGGUCCGGGGGUCACCGGAAUUUGUUCAAACUCCACGAAAAUUAG